GCCCCCGACUCGGACCGCCUUGCCCACAUUGACAGUAAUACAUCCAGAUGCAACACAAACACCGAGGUCAUCUUCAAUCAGCAAGCGACUAUUUCAGGUGCAUGGAUUUGUUUGCUGACAAUACCCAGCGGCAAGGCUGAAGAUAUAAAAAGCGUCCCUUCAUCUACGAUUUGGCGAGCUUGCGGUUGAAUAGAACUCGGCUCCCAGAUCCUCUUGUGAUCGAGCACCUGUUGACUUUUCAUUCAUUCAUUCAUUCAUCCUCCUCACAUCUGACCCUCAAGAGCAGACACUGGGAGCACGAUAUCACCAUGGGCGCAGUCGCAUCCCUCAUUCCCAAAGCCAUAGGCAUCGCUGGAAAGGUAAUACCCAAGGUGGCAGACGCUCUGCCUGGCAUAAUCGGUGGAGGAACUCCAGCACCACCAAGCCCAACGACAGGCAGCGCCGCAGACGUAAACAAUGCAGCAGCCGCACCUGCAGCCGUCAGCCUCCUCGCAAAGGCACCAGCAGCAUCUGCUCCUCAUGGUGGUAAUGCGACAUCUACGAACCCUGCUAUAGCCCAAACGGCCCAGGCAGGUCAGGCAGGCGCCCACCCGGCUACUAGUCAGCCAAGUUUCGAGACACUCUCACAACACUUCCCCAGCGACAUUCAAGCCAUGGAACACGCCUCUCAGUCCGGCACAGUCACUGCAGAAGAGUGGCAGGCUUUCGAAACCUUCCUUUACAGCUUGGUCACCUCUGCGCAUCCAGGCAAUGAUCAGAGCGCGAGCACAGCGCUCAAUGCUCUCCACCAGAGCCUCCAGAACGCUCAGCAGGGCCAAUUUGAUGAACAGACCGCCACCAGUGCGGCUGGAAAGUUCCUCCAGGCACAUGUUGGCCUGGGUGUCUUAGCUUUCUUGGAAUUGGUUGAUCAAGGACAAGGUGGGUUAGACUUCUCAGCAGAUCCCCAGGUUGAGCAGGCCUUGAAGUCUGGCGUUCAGGUCCUUGCCCAAGCCCCAGAGGAAUUUGAGCAAUACGAGGAACAGGAACAAGGACAAGGGGGCGCUGGUGAGCACGAACAAGAUGGAGCUGGCCAGGGUGAAGAGGGCGAGGAACAGUAUGGCCAAGGAGAGGAAGGUGAGGAACAAUAUGGUCAGGGAGAGGAGGAUGAGGAACAGUAUGGUCAGGGAGAGGAAGGUGAAGGAGCAUAUGGCCAGGAAGGGGAGGAAGACGAACAGGGAGGUUAUGGUCAACAUUGACCGGCCAGCUUUAACAGCCAACGCACCUCGUAGUGUAGUAUGAGAUUGCCUCCCAAUGAGGUAUCACGGUCCUUUUGUCAGCGUGAAAGUUCAGCAUUGGUUCAUAUGCCAGAAUUCUCACUGCAUGAUUCUUGACACUUGCUCAUAUUUCUGACCUGAUUC